AAGAAAAUUCCGCGCACCAACAAAGCACCCAAACCCGACGCCGCACACGAGCACCACGGCACCACCGAUCCCGGGAUCCUCAAAUUGCGAGGGAGGGAAAUCGAAGGUAGGGUAGGAGUAGAAGCUUCGAGAAUGUUCCGGAACCAGUACGACACCGACGUGACGAUGUGGAGCCCCGCGGGGCGGCUCUUCCAGGUGGAGUACGCCAUGGAGGCCGUCAAGCAGGGCUCCGCCUGCGUCGGCCUCUGCUCCCAAAACCACGUCGUCCUAGCCUCCGUUAACAAGGCCGCGUCCGAGCUCUCCUCCCACCAGCGCAAGGUCUUCCGCGUCGCCGACCACGCGGGGGUCGCGCUCGCGGGGCUCACCGCCGACGGCCGCGUCCUCUCCCGGUUCCUCCGCAACGAGUGCAUCAACCACUCCUUAGUCUACGAAGCGCCGCUCCCAGUGUCCAGGCUCGCGCUACGCCUCGCUGACAAGGCGCAGGUUUGCACACAGCGCUCAUGGAAGAGGCCUUAUGGUGUUGGGUUCCUUGUCGCCGGACUGGACGAGACUGGAGCUCAUCUCUAUUAUAACUGCCCCAGUGGGAAUUACUUUGAGUACCAGGCAUUUGCUAUUGGUUCUCGCUCUCAGGUCGCCAAGACUUUCCUUGAGCGCAGAUUCAAGGGCUACAAGGACUACACCCCGGAGCAACUGAUCAAGGAUGCCCUCUCUGCCAUAAAGGAAACGCUUCAAGGUGAGAAGCUGACCAGCUCCAACUGCACUGUUGCCAUCAUCGGCCAAAAGGCUGAUGGCACAAUUGAGCCAUUCGAGCUGAUUGACGCAAAGAAGAUCCAAGAAACAAUUGACUCGAUGGAGGCGGCCGAGGCAGCGCCCACGGAGCCAAGCUCCAUGCAGGAGGAGGGCAGGGGUUCAGAUGCUGCGCCCAUGGACAUCUAGCUCUGGUGACCUGAUUUACCAGCCGUGCGCCACAAUUCUGAGUUUGUAGGAGUAGCUGUUUUAGAAAGUUGAUGAAUAGUGAGUGUUGUGGAAUCUUACUCCCAUGCUCCCAGCUUUAUGUUGGUCUCUUGGACCAAUAGUCCGCCUUUAUUUUUUAUGGGUUGGACCGAUCAUCAUCCAGCGAUGCAAACAAAAAUCCUUUGGUUCCAUGGACCAGCUCAAUUUUUGCC